AAUGCUUUCCCAAACAUCUGCCUUUUAUUAACACAUUCCUUGGAAGUAUCAGUACCCUUCACAAAAAGAUGUCCUCCGGUUGCGCAUAAGGCGGUGGCAGGGAAAUCCUAUUGACGGUUUGGGUAGGAACGUGUCCGUGGCAGUUCAUGGCGGCGAUAAAAUGGCAAUUGGAUUCUGAUUUUGGUUAUUAAGCUACCAAUAUCGGGAUUUGAUGGGAAUUUGGAGUAGGUUGAUUACAAGUGUCUGCACAUGUGGAGGAGGGAAUCAUCACGAGGAACUUGGACCAAUGUCUUGUAUGGGUGUACGAUUGCGGAUUCAAGAUCACCAUGUGGUGAUUGAUAAUGGCAUACUGCAAGUGACAUUAUCGAAACCAGAAGGCCUUGUGACUGGGGUUCGAUACAAUGGCCUUGACAACAUCCUUGAGGUUCUUAAUCACGAAGGUAACAGAGGGUAUUGGGACGUUGUGUGGAGUGCUCUAGAUGACUCAGGAAGAAAAGGAGUAUUUGAAGUGAUCAAAGGAACAAGCUUUAAGGUUAUAGUGGAAACAGAGGAACAAGUAGAGGUGUCUUUUUCAAGACCUUGGGAUCCUUCCCUUCGGGGAAAAGUUGCUCCUAUAAACAUAGACAAGAGGUUUGUUAUGCUUCGUGGUUCCUCUGGUUUCUAUUCGUAUGCCAUUUAUGAACACUUGGGUUCUGAAGAAUGGCAAGCUUUCAGUCUUGGAGAAACUCGAAUUGCAUUCAAACUUAGAAAAGACAAGUUUCACUACAUGGCAGUAGCAGAUGAUAGAAGAAGAUACAUGCCCUUGCCAGAGGACCGACUACCAGGAAGAGCCCAGCCCCUUGCCUACCAGGAAGCUGUUUCACUCGUCAACCCAAUCUUCAAAAAUCAAAAUGUUUCACUCGUCAACCCAAUCGUGCCUGCCUUCAAAGGAGAGGUGGAUGACAAGUAUCAGUACACAUGUGAAAACAGGAACCUAAUGGUACAUGGCUGGAUAUCCAAUGACCCUCCAGUAGGGUUUUGGCAAAUUACACCCAGCAAUGAGUUCCGCACUGGUGGUCCUCUCAAGCAGAAUCUCUGUUCCCAUGUGGGCCCCACUUGCCUAGCUGUUUUUGUUGGUGCUCAUUAUGCUGGGGAUGAUCUAGUCCCAAAAUUUGGACAAGGUGAGCCAUGGAAAAAGGUGUUUGGGCCAGUUUUCAUGUAUCUAAAUUCAGCAAUGUGUGGCCAAGAUCCUCUUACACUUUGGGAUGAUGCAAAAAGACAGAUGACGGUUGAAGUGGAGAGUUGGCCGUAUAGCUUUCCAGCAUCCAGGGAUUUCCCAAAAUCACAUGACCGAGGAAAUGUUAGAGGCAGAUUACUUGUUCGAGACAGAUACAUUCACAAGGAUGACAUACCAGCAAAUGGUGCCUACGUUGGGUUAGCUCCACCUGGAGAUGUUGGAUCAUGGCAAAGAGAAUGCAAGGAGUACCAGUUCUGGAGUGAAGCAGAUGGCAGGGGUGAUUUCUGCAUUAAGAAUAUAAGAGGUGGAGAAUAUAAUUUGUAUGGUUGGGUGCCUGGAUUUGUUGGAGAUUACCGAUAUCAUGUUCCCAUAACCAUCACCCCAGGAUGUGAUAUUGACGUGGGGGAUCUUGUUUAUGAGCCUCCUAGAGACGGUCCUACGUUAUGGGAAAUCGGGAUCCCAGACCGGUCUGCUGCAGAGUUCCAUGUCCCAGACCCUAACCCUAAAUACGUCAACCCACUUUUUCUCAAUAAUCCCAACAGCAACUUUAGGCAGUAUGGCUUAUGGGAAAGGUAUGCAGAGUUAUACCCUCAUCAAGACUUGGUAUUCACCAUUGGUGAGAGCGAUUAUCGCAAACACUGGUUCUAUGCUCAAGUUCCAAGGAGAAAACAAGACAAUUCAUAUGAAGGAACCACAUGGCAAAUAAAGUUCAAACUCCAGAAUCUCCAGCGUGCUAUAUAUAAGUUACGCAUGGCACUCGCUGGGGCAUCUCUUGCAGAAGUACAGGUUCGGGUAAAUGAUCCAAACAAGCCUCGUCCAGUGUUUACAACAGGACUGAUAGGAAGGGAUAAUGCAGUUGCCAGACUAGGGAUUCAUGGGCUAUAUUGGCUAUACAACAUAGACAUUUCAGACUCGCUACUUGUUGAAGGAGAAAACACUAUCUAUCUGAAACAACCCAGGAACCAAAGCCCCUUUCAAGGAAUUAUGUAUGAUUACAUACGUCUAGAAGGCCCACCUUGCUAAUUAAUCAAUCUCCUUCUUCAGUGGAGAUUGGAGGGUUUUUAUUUAAAUAAAUCGGCCAAAUAUUGUUUUGGAAAUCACAUCGUUGAAAACUAAUUAAUGAAUAUCUUUCGUCGUUCGUUAUGCUAGACCACUAUUUCUAUUGUAAGUAUAUUAUCGAGCCAUCUCCGUU